CAUCCCACUAUAAACCUUUACCGACACAUCCACCAUGGUCCUCACUAUGAGAGGGAAGGAGAUGAUAUGCAUCGUGUCGGUGCUGGUCGGUCUCGCCUUUAUUGCAGUCAUACUGCGUGCGUUCGCCAGACUGAAGCGAAGAGUACGCUUUGGCGUUGACGACUACCUUUCCUUUGCGUCGAUUAUACUCCUCCUCGGCAUGCUGAUCGAACUGGGGCUGUGGGUGACCAUCGGAGGCAACGGAGCCCACCAAAACAGCCUGAACAAUGACACCAUGAUGAACUUCUACAAGAUCUUCCUGGCCAACCAAUUCACCUACUUCCUCCUCUGCCCGGCCAUCAAAAUCUCGAUCAUCUGUUUCUACCGCCGGGUCUUCACGACCAAGCCCUUCCAGUGGAUCACCCUGGGGAUUAACAUCCUGAUCACCCUGUGGGGGAUCGCCAUCUUCCUGGCCUGCGCGCUGCAGUGCCGGCCGCUGCGCGCCUACUGGGACCACAGCGUAGCCGGGCAAUGCCUGGACGGGAUGACGCUGAUCAUCACGAACCAGGCGUUCAACGUGCUGAUGGACUUCGUGAUUUUGGUGGUUCCGAUCCCGAUGAUCUGGGGGCUACACCGCGCCUGGCAGGAUAAGCUGGCGCUGAACGGGGUGUUCGCGCUGGGCGCCUUCGUCUGCUUCGCCAGCAUCUACCGCAUCAUCGUCCUCUUCUGGAUCGACAACGCCGACACCACCUACACCGUCUACCAGGCCACGCUGUGGACCCACGUCGAGCCCUCCAUUGGGCUCAUCUGCUCGUGUCUGCCCAUCAUCCGCGGCCUGUUCCCGCGCUUCAAGGUUCCCAGCCACCGCCGCUACCGCUCCGCCCCCUACUACAUCCCCACCGACGUCAGCACCUCACAGUUCGUCGUCUCCGCCGGCGCCAAGCCAUCCCCUAGCGGUGCUGCAGCUGCGGCGGCGGCGGCGGCGGCAGCCUCCGAGUUCUACAAAAUGGAAGAAGGCCUCGGCUCGCGCUCCACCUCGACCGACGAGCGCGAUGGCUCGACCUCGUCCAUCUUCGCGCCGAACCACUACAACCAUCACCACCACCCCAUGGACAUCACCGUGCGCACGGAUAUCAAGAUCAGCGAGGAUAGCUCGAACGGCCGUGCAUAAGAGACCUGCAGACUUCGCUAA